GAGCCCCGACUGCCCGAGGGUGAAGCCAGCCGGCCCGAGAACUGGACGGUCGCUCGGACCUGGGCCCUACGGACUCGAAUCCCCGCCUGCUCCGCCGCCGCUGCCACCAGCUGGGCGGGAUCCGGCUCUGGUGUUUUGGGGAGGGGGUGUGGUGUAGGGAAAGGAAUCCUGGGGAUUUCUGGCUCCCUCUCCCCCCCUCCUUUUUUUCCUGGCCAGCGGGGCGUCAGACUCAGGGAAUUCGCUCAUGGCUUUCUUGAUGAAGAAGAAGAAAUUCAAAUUCCAAACCACUUUCACCCUGGAGGAGCUGACUGCGGUCCCCUUCGUGAAUGGGGUCCUCUUCUGCAAGGUCCGGCUGCUUGAUGGCGGGGAUUUUGUCAGCUUGUCGUCAAGGGAGGAGGUGCAGGAGAACUGUGUGCGGUGGCGGAGGAGGUUCACCUUCGUGUGUAAGAUGAGCGCCAACCCGGCCACCGGCCUGCUGGACCCCUGCGUCUUCCGCGUGUCCGUGCGCAAGGAGCUGAAGGGCGGGAAGGCGUAUUCCAAGCUGGGCUUCGCCGACCUGAACCUGGCUGAGUUUGCAGGCUCGGGCUCCACAGGGCGCUGCUGCCUGCUAGAGGGCUACGACACGAAGAACACGCGCCAGGACAACUCCAUCCUCAAGGUCACCAUUGGGAUGUUCCUGCUCUCUGGGGACCCCUGCUUCAAGACGCCGCCGUCCACUGCCAAGUCCAUCUCCGUCCCAGGCCAGGACUCCUCCCUGCAGCUGACGUGUAAAGGUGGCGGGACCAGCAGCAGUGGCAAGAGCAACGCCAACUCCCUGACGGGGUCCCGGCCCCCCAAGGCCCGGCCCACCAUCCUCAGCUCAGGGGUGCCGGAGGAGCCCGACCAGAACCUGUCCAGCCCUGAGGAGGUGUUCCACUCUGGCCACUCCCGCAACUCCAGCUAUGCCAGCCAGCAGUCCAGGGUCUCAGGCUGCAGCACGGAGCACUCGCGCUCCUCCAGUCUUUCGGACUUGACGCACCGGCGCAACACGUCCACCAGCAGCAGUGCCUCUGGCGGCCUCAGCAUGGCUGUGGAGGGGCCCGAGGGCAGUGAGCGCGAGCACCGGCCCCCCGAGAAGCCACCACGGCCCCCGCGGCCCCCCCACCUGUCGGACCGCUCGUUUCGGCGCAAGAAAGACUCAGUGGAGAGCCACCCGACCUGGGUGGACGACACGCGUAUCGACGCGGACGCCAUCGUGGAGAAGAUCGUGCAGAGCCAGGACUUCACGGACGGCAGCAACACAGAGGAUAGCAACCUCCGGCUGUUUGUGAGCCGCGACGGCUCCACCACGCUCAGUGGCAUUCAGCUGGCCAACAGGGUCUCCUCUGGGGUCUACGAGCCAGUCGUGAUUGAAAGCCAUUGAGGAGCGGAGAAGGGCCCUUCCUUCGGGGAGUCCAGACUGUCAUUCCACGAGGGACUGCCCCUCGGCUCGCCCCUCGCCGCAUCUCAUCUGUGCCUGCGCCAGCCCCACAGCACAUUCCAUUGUCCUGUCCAGUCCUGCCAGACCCUCCUGGCGGGUCAGGGCCCGGAUACCACUGUGAAUAUUCUCCUCUGAACCACUAGAGGGCAGGACAUGCAGGCCCACGAAGCAGGUGGGAAGACAGACGCCAGGACUGCCAGCUGGAGAUGACGUGGCCCUCGGCAAGCCACGCAGCAGCUCCUGCGUGCAGGACCCGGAGCCGGCGUGUGGCUGCCCGCCCCGUCCUCCCCUCCAGGAGCACCAGCUCAGCUGUGUCCUGAUAGGGCUUUGUCACCCCCUUGCCCUUGCUGGGGAGCAGUUUGCCCCAGACUCCUGUCACCACGGCCCUCUGGCUGCUUAGUGCUUCAGCUACCCCUUUCCUUUGUUCCGGGGACCCGCUGGCGGCCUCUUCCCUGGAGCCAAGAUCUCAGACCUCCUCCCCCAGUACUGCAUUUGAGACAAACCCCUUUCCCCCAGCGAAUGUUCUCCUGCCACCUGGCAGCCUGCACUUUGCACAUGCUUGUCUGCAGCAGCCCCGCGGCCCUCCAGCCCUCCCCCGCCCUCCCCAAGCCCUUCCCAGGGCUCCUGCCGCGGCUGCUGUGCGGCCUGUGGCCGAGCCCUAGCGUGCGGCUGGAACGCGGCGCUCCUGCUGCUCCCGCCGCCAGCUCCAGCUCGGGCCCAGCACCCAGGCCGAGAAGGCGGUUCUCUCGCUCAGGGCUGGGUCCCGAGCAGCUGGCUUCCUGCAGGCGCCCCCCAAGCCCUUGGAUGUUGGGGGCCUGGUCUGGCUGGCUGGACUGGCAAGCAGAGCCCCCUUCUCCCCUCAGGGGGCCUGGGCUGGGUGGGUGCUGGGAGGCAGAUGGGCUGAGACUGGACCGACCCGGAGCCGGCUUCCUGGCCUGAGAAGCCUCAGCCCUCCUCUGAAAGCCUCUCCCCACUUCUGGGCAAGGAGAGGUGGGGUCCUUGAAGGUGUGUUUUCCCAGCGGGGAGCAGUCUGGGCCUGCCCCGCCCCCACCCCCUCUAAAGCCUCUGCUCUGCACUUUCCCCCCAGGUCCUCAUUACUGGCUUGAAGGUGGGUUCUGACUACACCCAGUCCCCGGACAAACUCCCGCCCUCCUAAAUCUCACUCGUUUUGUAUAAACCCAGCUGGCUGGUGUUUACUUAGCCCUACACUUUUUUUCAACCUUCCUUCCUCCCUUCUCCUUUUUUUUUUUUUUUUUUUUUUGAGCUCACAGUUUGGUGUUGUCUGCUCCCCCAGGUGAAGGGAGGUGGUCCUGUUCUCUGGCUUCCCCCUGGCCGGGGCCCAGCAGUGCUGGGCAUCCAGAUGGAGGCCCUGGUGGAUACUGGCUCGCUCUCUGGGGGUGGGGUGAGGGCUUCCUCCCCAGGCUGGGAGGUGUCCUGGCCUAUUGGCCCCAGCUGGCAAGAGUAAGUCGGUCUUGGAACCUCUCGGUAUUGGGACCAGAACAUUUCUAGGAUUUCUGUUGCUGUUGUUUUUAAUCACCUAACUGUUAGAAAUGAAUGUUAGAAGGUGCCUGCCGAGGCAGGACAGUGUCCGCUCUGACUGGAGGAGGAUCUGGUCAGGCUGCGGGUCCCACCUGCCCCGCAGAUCCCUGGCUGGCACUUUAAAGGGCAUGGUCCAUGCUGUCUCCACAUGAAGUGACCCCAGAAGGUCGGGGUGCAUGGCCCUUCCCAUCUGCGUCUACCUAGCCUCAGCCCAGUUGGGAAGUGCAUGCAGGGUGCAUUUGGGGCCUGGUUCAAAGUUCUAAGGCUUUAGGCAUAAAACAGCUGAUUUGGUGCUGUUGUGGAGACCCCCACACAUCAGGGCCCCCAGCACCCCCAAAGGUGAGCUCCGAGUUUCACUCCAAAAGGAGAUAACCUGUCACAUUCUCCCACACCAGGCCCUGGGCCAGGGUAAUGGACGAACCAAGGAUUUGUCCACAACCAAAUUAAUGCUGGUUGGAAGCCGGAGGCGCCGCCUCGCCACGCAGGGCCUCUUCAGCCCUCGGGUCCCCUCAAGCUCAGCGAAUUCCCUCUAGGCGCCCACAGCUCCUGGACUUUAAAGCCUAUAUAGAGAUAGAAUAUAUUAGAGAUAUUUUUGGAAAGGAAUUGGUCUAUGCAAUGACAGUUUGGAAUCCUCUUGAAAGACAGUUUUAAUGUUUUUACUAGGAGAUUUAAAGAAAAUAAAGGUAUACAAUAUUUUUAGUUUUUUUUUUUUCCCUUGGUCCCCCCACAAACAGACCCCGUGGCAUGACCUGCCAGGAUAGAGAAUGUGUUUUCCUCUCUCCAGGGAGGUGAGCAGGGAGACUGGGGAAGAGGAGGCCUUUUUAUUUUACUCCCCGCGCCCCCAACUCCCUGGGUCAGUGGGCUGUAUUUGUAUCUGUCCCAGCUUCUAUCAUAGAGAAUAACAUUGUAAGGGGAAAUCAGCCUAGUGUCAGUGUCUUGGUUUGGGGGAAAAUUAAAUGUUGCAGUUUUUGUUUUUA